AUGAUCCCGGGAUCCGCGCUCACCGAGCCACCCUCCCUUGCACAGCCUCCGCGGGGCUCCCGAAUCCACCACCACCACCUUAUAUGUAACCUUAUCUCRCUCAUAGGCCAACCCCCGGCCCCCUCCUUCAUCUCUAGCCCAUCCCUGCUCUUUGAUAACUGCAGAAACUCUCACAGCGCAAAGGUCAGAUUACUGGAAAAGACACGAUUGUACUUAGUAAAGAAACUGCUGUCACGUUUGGAGAACAGAAGGAAGUACCACCAGGAUUUUGCCUCAUCCACGUCAUUUCACGGAGUGCAUAACAUCGUCCAAACGCGGAGCAAGACACGCAGAGCGCUGUGGCUCUUGGUGGUCGUGGGCUCCCUUGCCAUCGUCAUCUGGCAAAUCUGCAAUCGCUUCAUCUAUUACUUCAGCUGGCCAACAACAACUUCAGUUUAUGUUCAGUACGUGGAAAAUGUUGAGUUUCCUGCUGUCACUUUUUGCAACUUGAACAGGUUUCAAGCUCAUGCAGUAACCAAUCUCCGAAUUAUCUAUUUGCUUUGGAGCAUCAUGUCUGGAGUUCACCAAAAAAUUUCUGUGCAAGUUAAUUUUUCACAGGAGCUAAAUAAUUUCCUUCUUGGCAACCAGAACUUCAGCAUUAAAGAGUUCACAAGGGAGCACGGGUUUUAUCUCAACAGCAGCACACUGCUAGAAUGUGAAUUUUUUGGAAAGCCAUGUUACCCAGAGGAUUUUGAACAUGUUUUCACUGAGUACGGAAAUUGCUUUACUUUUAAUCACAACGAUCUUCCACAAAAGAGAACAGUGAGUGUGUCUGGACGAGGUUUAAGUUUACUUUUUGAUGUCAAACAGGAACAAUUCACUGAUGACCCUUCCCUUGGUUACAUUGAUGCUGGCAUAACUUACGUUAUCCAUUCGCCCAGAGAACUGCCACGCUUCGAUGGUUUGGGAUUGUCCACGCCGGUCGGCAUGCACGCUCAGGUCGCCAUCCACCAGCUGAAGACAAUCAUUCAAGAAUACCCAUGGGGAGAGUGCAAGCCUGACAUGAAACUUCAGCACCACAAGAUUUAUAGCACUUUCGGAUGUUUGCGGGAGUGCAAGGCCCGGUACAUACAAGAUUGGUGUGGCUGCCUACCAUUCAUUCUUCCAGGAAAUGGAACAGAAUGUGAUAUACAGAAGUUUUACACAUGUGUUUAUCCUGCACUCUAUGAAAUAGACCUGGAAGGAUUAUGCACAGUAGGAACCCACAACUCCACUUGCCCUGUCCCAUGCGAAGAAACAGAUUAUCCUACCACUGUCACCUACUCAAGCUUUGCAGGAGAAAAAGCCAUAAAAUUUAUUUCUGCAAAGCUGAAGAAAAGCCCAGAAUACAUCAGGCAGAAUCUUGUGCAUAUUGACAUUAAAUAUAAUGAUCUGAACUACAAAACCACACAGCAGCAGAAAGCCUUGACUGUAGCUGAGUUGCUUGCUGAUGUUGGGGGCCAGCUCGGGCUGUUUUGUGGUGCCAGUAUGAUUACAAUCAUAGAGCUGCUUGAGUAUAUUUUUACCAACUUCUGCUGGAUGUGCAUCUUUCUUCUACUGAAAGCRCCUGAAAUGCCUCAGUGGAAUCUUCCAUCCCAGGAAGAGCCAACAAACAAGGAAGAAAAGAAGGGAAUACAGGAGUGCAUUGAAGCUACUGUCCUCGYUAUUUAUAAAUAUUCUGUUGACUGUUUUUCAUUGCUGGAAGCAAUCAAAAUUCAAGAUGACUCAGUAGGAUCGAGCAACAUAAUUUCAAUGUUUAAGAUUGGGAAAGAGGAUGAUAAAACUUUUGAGCAAGACCUGGAUAAAAUCAGCAAGAAUAAAUUUCCUUGCUUUAAUGCUAAAUCAGGCUUCCUGAAAGGUUAUUGUUUUAAAACUGUUAGAAAAGCUGCUGUGCUUUCCCCCUACAUCAGGGUGGAACGCUUCAGGAGCGGUAGUAGUUCAGCUUCUUACGGUAUUUUGGAGAAGAUUUUAGUGACUAAACGAGCUUUCAAAGAUGUGUAA